UAAGGUAUAGUUGAAGCUUGAUGGAAGUUAUUGUCCAUAAUGAACCAGGGUGCGAUUUUUAACAUUGUAUUACAUUGUGCUGUCAUAGCAACACAACACAACAAGUAGUUUUAUAUGUUCAUGUUGGUGUUGUUCGUACUUUAGAAGCCUCGUGUGUGCAUGAUUGAUACACGCUGUGGCUUGUUAGUGUGCAGACAAAUGCAGCAAGAAUGCAUGAAGAGAAAUAUCCCUUUAAGAGGCCGGGUUGUGUUGCAUUCAAGUGUCCAAUGGAGCAUUGGUUGUGAUGGUUGUCACACGUCUAGUAGGGUGAAAGGAGCUCAUUCUAGCAUUCGACCAGCCAAAAGGUCUCCGCAGUGUCCCAGCAGCAAUUGAGGAAGUGUCAGAUGAAGAUAGACACACAAAUAUGUAUAGUGUAUGUAUAGUGUACCAAUCCAAUCGGCUUUAUUUCACAUUUAAAUGUUUAAUAUGUAGCAAUAAACAAUGAUUUGAGAAGUAGAUGGUGUCAAAGCAGACACGAAGGGCUGGCUGUGGGUGGGUGUGGUUUGGUAGGUUCUGCUGAGCUUGCACUAAUCGCAUUAAAUUGAUUAGAGCUUCUGCUGUGCGCUCAGUGUUGUUUUGUCGUCAACGCCAGCAGCAUUUCUCCUCCUGCUCCUCCCCAUACCGCAUCCACCAACUUUGACAUCAGAAAGCAUUUCAGUCUGACUGGAUGCGUCCGUAAAUCCAAAGAAUGCACCUUCAAUGCAGAGGACGGCUACGUGAGGAUGUUCCUCCGAGGUCGCCCCGUCACCAUGCACAUCCCAGACGAGCAGCGGGCCGAUUACAGCCUGGAGAACAAGGUAGCGGUACCUGACCGCAAGCUGAAACUGGAGUGGGUGUACGGCUACCGAGGGCGGGACUGUCGCUCCAACCUGUACCUGCUGCCCACUGGAGAGAUCGUCUACUUCAACGCCUCAGUGGUGGUUCUGUACAACACCGAGGAGCAGCAGCAGAGGCACUACCUGGGACACACAGACGACGUCAAAUGCCUGAGUGUGCAUCCUGACAUGGUUACCAUAGCAACAGGGCAAGUGGCCGGAAAUACAAAAGAUGGAAAGCUGCUGGCUCCUCACGUUCGUGUCUGGGACUCGGUGAGCCUCAACACGCUCCAUGUGCUCGGGAUGGGCGUGUUCGACAGAGCUGUCACCUGCGUGUCUUUCUCCAAGUCGAACGGAGGCAGCUUCCUCUGCGCCGUGGAUGACGCCAACGACCACAUGCUGUCAGUCUGGAACUGGCAGAAGGAGAAGCAAGUGGCCGACGUCAAGUGCUCCAAUGACUCCGUGCUGGGGGCUGUCUUCCACCCCAUGGACGCCAACCUGAUUGUGACUUGUGGAAAGUCCCACAUUAACUUCUGGACGAUGGAGGGAAACACGCUGGCUAAAAGACAAGGACUCUUUGAGAAACACGAGAAGCCCAAGUAUGUGUUGUGUGUGGCGUUUGCGGAGAAUGGAGACGCCGUUACUGGAGACUCCAGUGGAAACAUCUACGUCUGGGCCAAAGGUGGUAACCGGAUCAGUCAAGUGGUGUCGGGGGCACACGAGGGCGGCAUCUUCUCCGUAUGCGUUCUCAAAGACGGAACCAUGGUGUCUGGUGGCGGGAAGGACCGCAAGGUGGUCCUGUGGGACCGCGACUACAGGAAGCAGGCGGAGAUGGAGGUGGGUGAGUCGUUCGGCCCGGUCCGGGCUUUGACAGAAGGCAAAGCAGGCGAGCUCUUCAUCGGAACCACCAAGAACGCCAUUCUUAGCGCCGCCUUCCCUGACACUAUGAAGGCCAUCGUGCAGGGGCACACAGAUGAGCUGUGGGGUCUGGACGUCCAUCCCUCCAUGGAGCAGUUUGUCACGUGCUCCCAGGACAAGCAGGUCCAUCUGUGGGACACCAACUCCCAUCAGCCCCUGUGGACCAAGACCAUCGAGGAUCCUGGGAGGUCUGCAGGGUUUCAUCCAAGCGGGGCGGUUCUGGCGGUCGGGACCAUGUCUGGAAGGUGGUUAGUUCUGGACACGGAUACCCGGGACCUUGUCUCCGUGCACACGGACGGCAACGAGAUCAUCUCCAACGUGAAGUACUCGCCAGAUGGCAACUUCCUGGCUGUGGCUUCGCACGACAACUUUGUUUACAUCUACGGCGUGACGGAGAACGGACGCAAGUACAGCCGCGUGGGCAAAUGCACCGGUCACUCCAGUUUCGUGACCCACGUGGACUGGUCUACAGACAGCCAGAACCUGGUCACCAACUCAGGAGACUACGAAAUCCUCUUCUGGGAGGCGCCCAGUGGCAAACAUGUGACCAACAUGGACGCGGUGCGAAACCUCAAGUGGGCCACUUCCACGUGCACUUUGAGCUUCAACACCUUUGGAAUCUGGCCCGAUGGCGCAGACGGCACGGACAUCAAUGGUGUGUGCAGGUCACAUGACGAAUCCCUGCUGGCCUCGGCUGACGAUUUUGGCAAAGUGCACUUGUUUUCAUUCCCCUGCUCUCAGCCCAGGGCGCCGGGUCACGAGUACGGUGGCCACAGCAGUCACGUGACCAGCGUCGCUUUCCUGCACGACGACAGCCGCCUCAUCUCCACCGGCGGUAAAGACACCAGCAUCCUGCAGUGGGUGGUUGCCUAGGCAACACCUCCCCCGUCAAGCCGCUAGCUCAGCCUCCUGCCCACCAGGGGGCAGCACCUCCUCCGUGCCUGCACUUAACUAAGACAGACAUUACGCUGGAUACUAUGAAUGUUUGACGCCUUUAUUAAUCUGGUGAAUGAAACAAUAUUUAAUGUAACACAUACGACGUCGCCGUGAACUUUAGAAUUAGCGCUAACUGUGCCUGAACUCCAUCCUGUCCACCGAGGUAUUUAGUUUCAUAUCACAUUGUUAGCAUUUUAAUGACGCUUUAGUGGGAUUGCUGCUUGAAUCCCAUCGCUAAAUGUGUUCCAUCCUCUGACCGAAGCUCGGAAGUGUGCUGUGACGCCACGCAAGCGUCCUUCAGGUCAUCUUCACACCUCCUACAAACUGCUUCAUGUCCCGUUGGUGCGCGCUAGGCCCGCUUGCCUUCAUGGAGAAUCUUCUUCAGGUCUAAAAUAAUAAUGUUGAGUGUCAAACGGUACACCGUGGCCGUUUUGCUUGUGGUUGCUGUGUUUUUUGGGCACUGGGUGGCGCUGCAGUGCAAUGAUUGCAUGAGCUCAGCUGCCCUUCUUCAUAGAAGCUGUUAACAAGGUCUAUUAGAGUUAAUAUAUACUAUAUAAAUACAUAUGUAUGUCAUGCAGUAUAUCUGAGUGGCUGUGCUAUUUUAAUAUUUUACACUUAUUAUUAUUGUUGUAAUGAUUGUGAUUGUAGGCAUGUCACAUGUAGUGAUUGACAAACUGCUUAGCUUUGUUUGGCUUUCUGAUUUGUUAAUAAAGUUUUUACCCAGUCGUGGACUAAAAAAAAAAACUAAAUGAAUCCAGCACAAAGAAGGAGACCUCAAAGAUAAAAUAUUGUCGAAGUCGUCGUAUGAGUAACAUUACAGAAAAAAGUUGAAAUAUGACAAUGUUUGGUAGAAAAAAAGUUGCGAUUUUAUGACUUUUAUUAUCUUAUUGUAAUGUAAGUAUUGUAUAUUAUGACAAUUUAGGGACCACAUGGUGACCGAGUGGUUAGCACGUUGGCCACAUGGAUUGGGAAGACCUGGGUUCCAAUCUCCGCUUGGAGUUUGCAUGUUCUCCAAAAAAAACAAACAUGCAUGUUUGGUUAAUUGGUGAUUGUCCAUCGGUAAGAAUGUGAGUGUGAAUGGUUGUUUGUCUAUAUGUGCACUGCAAUUGGCUAGCGACCAGUCCACACCCCGCCUUUCGCCCAAAGUCAGCUGCGAUAGGCUCCCGCAUACCCCCGCGACCCUAAUGAGGAUAAGCGGCAUAGAAAAUAGAUGCAUGACAAUAUAGCCAUAAUACUGUAUUUGGAGGGAAGAAAGUCGAAGUCGUACACCGUGGCCGUGUUGCUUGUGGUUGCUGUGUUUGUUGGGCACUAGGUGGCGCUGCAGUGCAAUGAUUGCAUGAACUCAGCUGCCCUUCUUCAUAGAUGCUGUUAACAAGGUCUAUUGGAGUCGUUAUAUGAGAACAAAUUUGCGGUUCUUAUGACCGUAACAUUACAAAAAAAGUUGAAAUGUCAUGAAGAUAAUUACAAAUUUGGUAGAAAAAAAUGGUGAUUUUAUGACGUUUAUUUCGUAAUACUACAAAAGAAGAAGCUGUAAUACACCCCUGAUCAAAAUCUUAAGACCAGUUGAAAAAUUGCUAGAAUUUGCAUUUUGCACAUUUGGAUCUUAACGAGGUUUUAAGUAGAGCUACAAUAUGGAAAAGCAAGAAGGGGGAGUGAGACAAGUUUGGAACUUGUAAUUUAAACAAAAAAAUAAAAUAACUGAAAUAGGCUGUUACUCACCUGAUCAAAAGUUUAAGACCACAGGCUAUAAAAGCCAAAAUCUGCUCAAAAUGUUCAUUCACACUGCCAUGCCCUCCUGAUGGCGAAAGCUAAGAAGCUUUGUCUUUUUGAACGUGGUGGGAUUGUGGAGCUGCAUAAGCAAGGCCUCUCGCAGCGUGCCAUUGGUGCUGAGGUUGGGAGUAAAACAGUCAUUCUAAGUUUUUUGAAAGAUCCUGAGCAUUAUGGAACAAAAAAGUCAAGUGGUAGACCCAAAAAAAUCACACCUGCACUGAGCCCAUCAAGACACAGGGCGGUCUUCCACCCACAUUAAGGCCCUUACUGGUGCCAACUGCAGCGCAAUAACCAUCAGACGGCAUCUGCGGGAAAAGGGUUUAAAAAAACAAAAAAGGAAUUCAAAGACCUCGUCUCCUUCAACGCCACAAAACUGCCCGUUUAGACUUUGCCAGGGAGCAUCAAACAUGGGACAUUGAAAGGUGGUAAAAAGUUUUAUUCUCUGAUAAGAAAAAAUGUAACCUUGAUGGUCCAGAUGGCUUCCAACGUUACUGGCAUGACAAGGAGAUCCCACAUGAGAUGUUCUCUACCCAGCAUAGUGGAGGGGGGUCCGUCAUGAUGUGGGGUGCCUUUUCAUUCAGUGGAACACUGGAGCUUCAGGUGGUGCAGGGUCGUCAAACGGCGUCUGCUUAUGUGCAGAUGUUGCAGCGGGCAUCCCUCAUGACUGAGGGCCCUCGUCUGUGUGGUAACAGCUGGGUUUUUCAACAGGACAACACUGCAGUUCACAACGCUCGCUUGGCCAAGGACUUCUUCAGGGAGAAUAACAUCACUCUUUUGGACCAUCCUGCAUGUUCCCCUCAUUUAAAUCCCAUAGAGAGCAUUUGGGGAUGGAUGGCAAGGGAAGUUUAUAAAAAAUGGCCAUCAGUUCCAGACAGUUGAUGCCCUUGGUGAAGCCAUCUUCACCGCUUGGAGCAAUGUUCCCACUAGCCUCCUGGAAACACUCGCAUCAAGCAUGCACAAAGCAAUUUUUGAAGUGAUUAACAAGAACAGAGGAGCUACUCAUUACUGAUUCCUACUGAGAACAUUUUUUGUUCUGGUUUGGAGAGUUUUUUGUUAUUUUUUGAGCGAUCGUCUUAAACUUUUGAUCAGCUGAUAAACAGCCUAAUUGAGUUUCAUUGUUGUUUUCAAUAAAUUACUUUUUCAAAAUGU